AUGAACGUCAACAAGAAGCUCGGCCGCCUCAAGCAGUGGGCUGGAGAGAGGAUGGGCGGCGAGAUCAAGACCAACGUCUCGGACGACUUCAAGCUGCUCGAGAUGGAGAUGAACCUCAGGCAAGAAGGAAUGGAGCGUCUGAACAAGGCCAUGGCGGCGUAUGUCAGGGCCAUCUCGAAGCGCAGCGAGGGCGAGGACAAGGAGAAGCUCUUCCCAAUUGGAAACUUGGGCGGCGUCAUGGUCGCGCAUGGCGAGGACUUUGCCAGCAACUCCGAGAUUCAGGAGCAGUAUGUCGCAGCUGCAACCUCUAGCUGGCUAGAAUCUCUGGAACGGUCUCUCAACCAGCUGAAGGAGUACCAGGCGACUCGCAAGAAGCUGGAGAACCGGCGGCUGGCGUAUGAUACCUCCCAGGCAAAGAUGCAAAAGGCCAAAAAGGAAGAUUUCAGGGUGGAAGAAGAGCUCCGGUCGCAGAAGGUCAAGUACGAAGAGGCAACUGAAGAAGUCCUUCGUCGCAUGAUGGAUAUCAAGGAGUCUGAGCCUGAGUGCACCGCAGACAUGAGCGCCUUUCUCGAUGCGCAGUUAAACUACCAUGAAAAAUGCCGCGAGGUUCUCCUCCAGCUCAAGGACGAGUGGCCUGCUGGGUACGUCUCUACUUCUUCUUUUUUUUCAUGCACCAUUUUGUUCUUCACCGUACUAACUAAUUAUACCAGACCAACGCAGCAGUUCAACUCGUAUGGCCGCCGGUCAACCCUGACUCGCUCCAACACCUCUUUCAACGACCAGAUGGCAGGCGAGGACACGUACCAGUCCUCUUCCCAGCAGCCAGGCACCUCCAGGUCCCGCGAGCCCUCUCGGCCGGGCCUGGGUGGGCGUCAGCCAACCUUCGAGGGUCCAACGCAGCUCCGCACCAGGAGACCGUCUCCCUCCCCUGCACCAGCCCUACGAACCCCCCUCCGAACCGCGAGUGAUAGCAUCUCUCCGGCAACGAUUGGCAGUAGUGCGGCCGGCAUAGCUAAUGCACGCUCACAGCUGCGGGUUAUCAGCCAGGGGUACAAUGGCGGCAACAACAACAAUAAUAAUAGUAACACUCACAAUGAUGGCUACUACGACUCUACCACGGACGACGGGGCGUCUCCCGUCAGGAACAGUCCAGACCAGUACUAUAGUUCCACCAGCACGUCUCCCUUGCGGACUGUACCGGCGUCAGGCCAGGUUCCCACACCAGCGUCGGGUUCAGGGUCAGGCACCGCAACACCCGUCAAGAAGCCGCCGCCUCCCCCUCCACCAUCAAGGUCGAAGAAACCCCCGCCACCUCCUCCGCCACCAAAACGCUCUGUCUCUGCUUAUGCCGUGUAG